AUGGCUAUUCCAACGCUCGAUUACUCCAAGUUCCAGAGCGGCUCGGACGCAGAACGUCGUGAAUUCGCCUCUGCUCUAACGGAAGGGUUCAUGGGCCUCGGUUUUGUCAAGCUGAUCAACCACGGCUUCUCCAAGGAUGAAAUUAAUCAUUUGUUCCAAUUAAACCAAGAUUUUUUCGACUUGCCUAAUUCAUGCAAAGCUAGCAUCCAGAAUGAUGAAGGUCCCAAGCCGCAACGAGGAUGGAGUAGCCUCGGAGCCGAAAAGACGGGCCUACUGAACCCAGGCGGCAAGACUAAUCUCGCUAAAACCGAUCAACACGACCUCCAAGAUGCGAAGGAGCACUUCGAUACAGGCCCAGCUGGGGACAUGCAAUAUCAGAACAAAUGGCCCUCUCCGGAUCGCCUGCCCGGGUUUCGACCAUGGCUGGAGUCAUACUUUAGCCGUAGCCAAGCCAUCACGCUGGGGCUGAUGGCAGCGCUGGAGCUGGGUCUGGGGAUUCCCGAGGGUAGCUUCGUUGGCUUGUGCCAGGGCCACGCCAGUGAGCUGCGACUGAAUCACUACCCUUCCAUUGCCCUCCGCACGCUCGAGGAAGGGAAGACAAGCCGUAUUUGGCCCCAUACUGACUUCGGCAUCAUCACGCUCCUGGCGCAGGAUGACCGUGGCGGGCUUGAGGUGCAAAACAGGGAGGCCCCGGAUGAGUUCAUCCCCGCGCCGCGCGAGGAUCCGACUGAGUUUGUGGUGAACAUCGGCGACACCCUCGAAAGGUGGACGAAUGGCGUCUUCGAGGCGGGCAUGCACAGGGUCACAACUCCGCAAGGCGAGAGAUUUUCCAGCGGCAACGAUAAGAUGUUGCCGGCGCGGCGAUCCAUUGCCUUUUUCCUUAAGGCUCACCGGGAUAUGUCCGUUGGACCGCUGCCACAGUUUGUGACGGAUUCAUGUCCUUCCCACUAUGAGGACAUGACGGCUUUGGAGUAUCAGCAGUUGCGGACGAAUAUCGUUUAUUAG